AUGCAGCCUUACACAGCACUACUGGCUCUUGCUACCCUAUAUGCGUCUUAUGUUAAUGCCGCUGAAGCCACAGACAUGGGUCCAGCUGCAUUUCUCUGGCCCCCCGAUCGAGCAUGGGGAGCAGCGCAAGACAACACUGCUCCCUGUGGUUCCUCUGCCGGAGUGACAAACCGGACAGAGUUCCCAUUGACAAAUGGCGAAGUUUCCCUAGUCCUCCAAGAUGAAUCAUACAAUGUCAAUCUAGCAAUUUCCUUCAACAACAACCCAACAUCCAACGCUGAUUUCACAACUCUCGUCUCCUCAACCAACUUCCCAGACCUAGACCCAGGACAUGAAUGCUACUCCGUCCCCAACCCACCCUCAAACAUAACCUCCGGCGCGAAUGCAACACUCCAACUCUCCUACCUCUCGACAUUUGACAUGGAGACAAAUAGUACCUUCUAUGCCUGUGCAGAUAUAACCUACGUCCCCCUCGCCUCGUUCACGACGAAUGUUCUGUGUUUCAAUGUCUCCGAGCCAACAUCUACUGAUUCUGGUUCGAGGGGUAGCUCUGCUACAUCGACUAGUUCUUCAAAGUCUUCUUCCAAUGGAGGUGGGGGGUUGUCUGGCGGUCAGAUUGCAGGUAUUGUCGUUGGCUGUGUCGCUGGAGCGGUGUUAGCUGCUGUUGCUUUGUUUGUUCUCUGGACUAGAUAUCAGCGAAAAGUCCAGCGGGAUAAGGUCAUUGCCGUUCGGAUGAGUGAUUGGGCUAAUCAGCCCGGGAAGACUGUGUCGAAUGGGUCGAAUGAAGUUUGA